UCACGUAUUGACAAGUAAACUGGCAUAACACCAUUGAUAACAUAGAUUCAAUUGGACGGCGAUUUAACGGGAGGCAUCAUUCGGAGAAAAAUGGCAAAAAUCGAAGAAGCAAACGCCCAUAUAAGGCAAGCUGAAAAAAGUUUAAAAACGUCGCUAUUAAAAUGGAGGCCUGAUUUUGAAGUUGCUGCCGAAGAGUAUUCACAAGCAGCUACGUGCUUUCGUGUUGCCAAAUCAUUCAAAGAGUGUAAAGAAUGUUUAAUGAAGGCAGCUGAUUGUUACAAACAAAAUCGGUCAUGGUUUCAUGCUGCCAAGUGUCUGGAGCAAGCGCUGCUUGUAUGCAAAGAAGUGGGCAAACUUUCCGAAGUUCCAAAGUUAGCACAUUCUGCAUGCUCCCUUUAUCAGGAACAUGGAUCGCCAGAAUCAAGUGCUACAGUUUUAGAUAAAGCUGCUAAGAUGUUAGAAUCAACUGAGCCUGAACAAGCAUUACAAUUGUAUCAAAGAGCUGCUGAUGUUGUUAUGAAUGAGGACAGUCCUCGACAGGCAGCUGAAUAUAUGAGCAAAGCUGCUCGAAUUCUAGUAAAGCUCAAGAUGUAUGAUCAAGCAGCUGAUGCAAUUCGAAGAGAAAUAGGCAUGCAUCAGCAAAUUGAUCAUAUAUCAUCUGUUGGGCGACUCGCAGUGGCAUUAGUUUUGGUACAACUAGCUCGUGGCGAUCAAGUGGCAGCUGAGAAAGCUUUUAAAGAAUGGGGAAAUUGCUGCGAAUCUCCAGAAGUUCAAACCUUAGAAAUGCUAUUGCAGGCCUAUGACAAUGAAGAUGCUGAUUCAGCAAGAUCAGCAUUAAAUAGUCCAUUUAUUAAACAUAUGGAUGUGGAGUAUGCAAAGUUAGCACGAGGUUUGCCGUUACCCCAACAAGAGUACGCUAUACCACCUGCAGGUGUAAGACCAAAUGCUGCUGCUUCCUAUAUUUCUCCUAAUGCAACUAAGUUGACUGGACAAGCUACAAUUGAAGCAGAAGUUAAUUACAAAGAAAAUACGGUUUCGCCUGCGAAUGAUGAAUCUGAGGAGACUAAGCCAGAGCAAAUAGAAAAGCCAGCUGCUCCAACUCAAGAUGUUGCAGGUAAUGAAGAAGAUGAUGAAUAUGAAGGAGGUCUUUGCUGAUUGCUUAAUAUGUCAAAUUUAAUGUUAGUGCAUUCAAGUUUGAAUAUUAUAUUUGUCACCUAUCCAUGAUUUGUUGUACUGGCUCAUGUAUAACUUAAGUGAAUUGCUAAACAGACUAGAUUAUUAUUAGCGACAAGCUACUUUAUUAUAUUCUACCGAUUCCUGCAUGGUUCAAGUGAAUUAUCAUUUAAGAUACAAUACUGCAAUACUGCAAUAUUAGCAAGGUAACAAUGAAAUGUUAUGUGUAGUCUCACUUUGUGAGCUGGAAACGUAUAUGAAACGUACGAUGCAAGACGUAAGAUUACACAUAUGAGCAGCAUCAGUACUAAUGACAUAAAUGAUAAAAUCUAAUAGACUUUGCAUUUUAUUUGAACAAUCCUACUCUGUACAGCUAUAAAUUCUAUAAUCAUCUAACGCAAUGCUUCAAUUAAGAUAAACUGUUUAUAAUUAAGAUAAUUCAAACCUCUCAUGUUUAUAUGUUAUGAUCUCCAGUGCUGUUUAAGGAACUCUUAAAGUUAUAUUCUUGUGAAUUGUAUUUGCAGAAACUGAUUGACAAAUAAAACAGUUGAAGGAAAA